CUUCCGGCCUUUUGAGUGCACCUGCUGCAUUCAUGGUGAGCUGCACCCCGUAAACAGGAAACGCAGCUUUUACAUGACUAGUGCCUCGAGAACUUCCAGUGGAUUGAAGAUGCUGCUUCUUCUGAGCUGUUGGAUGAUUGCAGGGAUUACAGCAAAGGACGCUCCGACGACGCGCUUCGGCUUGAAAAACAGUUCCAUAUGUCUACAAGUUAAAAACUCACCACCAUAUCAUCAACUUAUGUGGCUUUUUAAUGAGCAAGCUAUUGUUUUUGAUCAAAAAAUAAUACCCAAGUACAAAGACAAAGUGACGUAUGAUCUAGAAGACCACUCGUUGUGCAUCAACAAACUUGCUGAGAACGACAGUGGCAUCUAUAAAUUGGUUUUCUUAGGUGCUGAAUACAAAACAUUAAAGGAGUUCUCCAGACUCAUUGUUGAAGAAACUGUUCCCAGACCUGUCAUGAGGAUGUCAGGACUGCACUCCAACCUGUCUGACGCAUCGUGCAACGUCACGGUCAACUGCUCCAUCGGGGACGAGUGGGUGUGGUCUGCCUGUGACGCGGAGGGUUGCGCAACAUCUCGGAGAUCCCUCCGGAAGGUCAACAUCAGCGUAUUCACCGAGGACGGCUCCGUCGUCUGCAGGGGCGACAACAACGUCAGCACAAGCCGUGCGUCCGAAGGCACCGAGGCCACGUGCCUCAGAAAACCUGAUCCUGAACACCAAGAGACGUCGGGGCCCCCCGAUGUUAUCGCCAUAGUAAUAAUAAUUGUGGCGUGUGUGUCCCUCUGUGCCUUUGCUGUCUGUGUGGCAAAGAGGCUCUUUCCCACACAGCAUCAUCAGCGUCAGGGGGAAACACCUGCUGCUCGGAUCACACGAAGCCGGCCGGUGGAGGCAAAGUCCCAAUCGGUGUCGGGGGUCUCCACCUCCUCCUCCUCCUCCUCUUCCUCCUCCUCCAGUGAAGCCGAGGCCUGUUGUGAACACGUGGGAGCCUCACAGCCCUGCCAGACCAUCAGCCAGACCAUCAGCCAGACCAGCAGCCCCAGAGAGGAGUCGGGGUCCAUCAACACGGUCUACAGCGUUUUAUCCAUUGUGACUUCCUCUCUGGGCAAAGAUCCAGAACGACACAAGACGACACAAGAGACAAAGACUUCCCAGCAUGCCACCCUGGACGAGGAGGAGGACAUUAACACUCUGUACAGUGUGUUGCAAAUCCCCCAAAAGUCACAGCACCACCAGUAGGUCCAAGGAGAUGGAGACGAGUGAAAGAAGCCCGAUGGGCUCUGGGAAAGAAGCCAGAACGAUGGCAUGGACACUCCUGCCUUUAUGGAUUACGCAACUAUUGUGCGCAGUCUUUUGGUUUUGUGGUAUUUGUUUUUGUCACUGCACAUUUAAAUGAGGAAUGUCCACAGAGGACCACUAGGGGGUGUCAUGAACCUGCAUUUAUGUCUGGGACUCAGGCUGCUGUAGUUAUGUCCCAGAGAGCCACAUUCUCCAUGUAGUACUCCAUAACUAAUACUUGUUUUAACUGUUUUAAUUUUAAAGUCAUCACAGUCUUAUUUGCUAAAAAUAAUAUCCUGCUUUGCUUAAUACCCGGGGGCUCAAGUCCUGGUCGCAAAUCUGCUCCAAAAAAUACAACCAUCUGCUGAGGGUUCAUAUUCUCAGCACUGCACUGCAUGUAUCCAAUGGUUGGCUAUUAAAUAAUAAAUAAACAUUAUAUUGAUGCACAAUACA